UUGAUUUUUUUUCACACUGAAUUUUAAAACAGUAAUUUUACAAAAUGAACUUUUAAACACUUACAUUUUUAUUGAAUAAAAAGCAUGAGCAAAAUAUGUGUUUUUAAAGAUGUAGGAUUAAAUAAUUUGGUGCAGAAAAAUUCAGUGUAAAAAAUCAGUGCAAAAAUAUAUUCAGCGUUAAAUAAUUCAGUGCAAAAAAAGUUCAGUGUAAAAUAAUUCAGUGCAAAAAUAAAUUUGGUGUAAAAAAAAUCAGUGCAAAAAUAAAUUCAGUGUAAAAAAAUCAGUGCAAAGAAAACUUCAGUGUAAAAUAAUUCAGUGCAAAAAAAAAUUGUGUAAAAAAAUUCAAGGCAGAAACAUUAAGAAAUAUUCGUUGCUUGUUGAAUCUUGAAGCAACAAAUAUUCCUGCACUGAAUUUUAAAACACUGUAUUUUAACAAAUUAAAUUUUGUCAGCAUAAUUUGAAGUAAUUUUUUUUACAAAAUUCAGACGCAAAAAAAUUCCGUGAAAAAAAAAAAAGUUCUGGCAAUAAAAAAAAAAAAAGAACCCCCAUAAAAAUGUGAUCUGGUUCGUAAAUGACAAUAAUUUAUUUUAGGCACUGGUGUUGUUGGCAUGACAACCCCAGCCAGCCAGGACGAGUGGGCUCCACCGCGGUCCGGAAUGGCGUCCGGGCCGUCGACACUCGCUUCACUGGUUCCACUGGUCUUGGGUCAGCCGGGCUCCAACACCACCUUUGUGUUGGAUCGAUCGGCGGACAUGAGCGCUGCUCUGGAGUCUGUCAAGGAGCUUCUGGUCCAGACUCUGGUGAGCAAGGCGUCCCACAGAGACUCGCUCUUCAACAUCCUGUCCUUCUCAGGCCAGGUAAGCUGCUGGUCGCCCCGCAUGCGCCCCUGCACCGCCCACAGCGUGUACACGGCCCUGUGCUGGAUUCGCUCUAUCACCUGCGGCCCGGGGAAGGACUUCCUGUCUGCCGUGACUCUGGCCCUGGCGGACCCGUCGUGCCAGGCGGUCCAGAUGCUGAGCGCCGCCAUGCCGGAGCAGGCAGCGGCCGUGCUGAGGGCGCUGCCCCGCUUAGCGUGCGGGAGGCCCGUCAACGUCUUCUACCUGCUGGACGCGGGACGGCAACCGGACGCCGGCACGAGAGACUACCUGCACGCGCUGACCGACGCCACAAAGGGGCGCUGCUAUGUGAUUCCUGUGGACCACAGUGGUGGGCUGGACCAGCCAGUCCCGCUGCACAGUGCGGACAAUACCUGUCCCGCCCGGUCUUGCUGUUCUAUCUCUGACCAUCUCCCAGCAUGGAGCAACAUGACCUCGCCUCCGUUCAGGCGUCACCUUCUCCGUCCUUGCACUUCCUGCGUGCUUCCGGCUGCGACCUUGUCCACGUCCGAGUUCUUCCCAGGGUGUCGGGUGCUGGCCAGGAAGGACGUGGAUGCUUUUUAUUACCUUGCUACUGUCAUUCAGCGAGUGCAGGGCCUCGCAGGAGUUUGGGCGGUGGAGUUCGACUGUACAGGAAGUGCCAUCUUGGGCGCUGAACAACAGCUGGUGUGCACCGCAGACAUGAUCAAACACUGUGGGACAAGCCUACCCUCCCUACGCUGUGGGGACGUCGUCCUGUCGCCCUGGGAAGCCCACCUGCGCAGAUACGGCCCUGGAAGAGUGACGUCUGUGAGGGAGUGUGGAGGUCACUUACUUCCAGGUGAGGUCCAAAGCCUGGUCCAGGUGCAGAUGUGGAACACCUGCGUGUGUUUGCUUCCGCCCGCUCUGGUCCGGCCAAUCACGGCCUGCCGCUACAGCACAUUGGUCCUGGAGCUCUGCAGCACCGGUUCUGCACACAAGGGCCCGGAAGGAAGGAUAAAGUGUGACAGCACCCGGGGUCAUGAUGGAGAUGUGAUGCAGGCGGACACGGAGGUGACACUACCGUCCUCCGAUGAUGAUGAUGAUGAUGAUGAAGGCGCAUUUCUUCCUGCUGUUAAACGACGAGCGAGCAGACAGCGUCCUCCUUGGAGGUACUGGAAAAGAACGGGUCCGGAACCGCAACACACACAACCAGUGAGGACGUCGUCGCCUGCAAGAUCCAACUUUUUUAUUUCGCGGACCAGCGCCUCGCCCAAUCAUAGCUCACGAUUUCAAUCACUUCCUGGUUCUAAACUCAAUCACAGCUCUGUGUUUUAGUCAUGCUCUGGUUCUAAACCCAAUCACAGUUGUGUUUCAGUCACUUCUUGGUUCUAAACUCAAUCACAGUUGUGUUUUAGUCACGUACUGGUUCUAAACCCAAUCACAGUUGUGUUUUAGUCACUUUCUGAUUCUAAUCCCAAUCACAGUUCUGUGUUUUAGUCACUUUCUGGUUCUAAACCCAAUCACAGUUCUGUGUUUUAGUCACUUUCUGGUUCUAAACCCAAUCACAGGUCUGUGUUUUAGUCACUUUCUGGUUCUAAACCCAAUCAGAGUUCUGUUUUAGUCACUUUCUGGUUCUGAACCCACUCCCAGUUCUGUCUUUUAGUCACUUUCUGAUUCUAAACCCAAUCCCAGUUCUGUGUUUUAGUCACUGUCUGGUUCAAAAACCCAAUCACAGUUGUGUUUUAGUCACUUUCUGAUUCUAAAACCCAAUCACAGUUGUGUUUUAGUCACUUUCUGAUUUUAAACUCAAUCACAGCUCUGUGUUUUAGUCACUUUCUGAUUCUAAACCCAAUCACAGUGCUGUGUUUUAGUCACUUUCUGGUUCUAAACCCAAUCACAGUUCUGUUUUAGUCACUUCCUGGUUCUAAACCCAAUCACAGUUGUGUUUUAGUCACUUUCUGAUUCUAAACCCAAUCACAGUUCUGUGUUUUAGUCACUUUGUGGUUCUAAACCCAAUCCCAGUUCUGUGUUUUAGUCACUUUCUGAUUCUAAAACCAAUCCCAGUUCUGUGUUUUAGUCACUGUCUGGUUCAAAAACCCAAUCACAGUUGUGUUUUAGUCAAUUUCUGAUUUUAAACUCAAUCACAGCUCCGUGUUUUAGUCACUUUCUGGUUCUAAACCCAAUCACAGUUCUGUGUUUUAGUAACUUUCUGAUUCUAUACCCAAUCACAGUUCUGUGUUCUAGUCACUUUCCGGUUCUAAACCCAAUCACAGUUCUGUGUUUUAGUCACUUCCUGGUUCUAAACCUAAUCACAACCCUAUUCCAGUCACUUCCUGGUUCUAAACCCAAUCACAGCACCGGGUUUUAUUCACUUCCUGGUUCUAAACCUAAUCACAACCCUAUUCCAGUCACUUCCUGGUUCUAAACCUAAUCACAACCCUGUUCCAGUCACUUCCAGGGUCUAAACCCAAUCACAGUUCUGUUCCAGUCACUUCCAGGGUCUAAACCCAAUCACAGUUCUGUUCCAGUCACUUCCUGGGUCUAAACCCAAUCACCGCCCUGUUCCAGUCACUUCCUGGUUCUAAACCCAAUCACAGCCCAGUGUUUUAGUCACUUCCUGGUUACUCGGAGGUAAUCACAGAUGAAGGCUUCCUUCUUUUCUCGGACUACUACAAAGCCUUUGAUGUGAUUUGUGUAUUUUCUUUGGCUUCUGGUCUCCAUUUAAAUGUGAAUAAGUGUGAACUAAUGGCUGUGAACAGAUGUGAAAUGCUGUCUAUAUGUAAUAUUCCAAUUAAGGAGAAGAUUAAUUACCUGGGAAUAAUUGUUACUAAAAAUCAAGAGUUCUAGAUCAGUCCUGAACUUGACUCCAAUUGUAGAUAAAAACCAAGAAAAGAUUGAACCAAUGACUGCAGAGAUAUUUAUCCUUAAAGGGCAGAACGUUACUCUCCAAAGCAGAAGGUAUCUCCAGGCUUACGUAUGCAGCUAUUUCUUGAGUUGUUAACCAGAAAUAUGUAAGACUAUUGACAAAAUACUUGUUGACUUUAUUUGGAAAAUUCAUUAUAUUAACAAAUCUGUUCUAAUGAACCAUUACAGUAAGGGUGAUCUAAAUUUUCUCGAUUUCACUACACUACACAACAUCUUCAAGGUUAAUUGGAUAAGACACUAUUUGAAAGAUCCUACCCCAAUUUGGAACUUCAUUUCUCAUCGUGUCGUCUCUAAUCUCCAGGGCUUCAAAUUGUUGUUAGUGCACAACUACAAUAUUGAUAGGAUUCCUGUUUCUCUUUCAAACUUCCACAAACACCCUCCUGGCAUGGUCUCUUCUCUAUAAGCCAGUGUUUUUCAACCACUAGUGUGCCGUGAGAUACAGUCUGGUGUGCCGUGGGAGAUGAUCUAAUUUCACCUAUUUGGAAAAAUAUUUUUUGCAAACCAGUGAUUAUAGUCUGCAAAUGAUGUGUUGUUGUUGAGUGUCAGUGCUGUCUAGAGCUCGGCAGAGUAACCGUGUAAUACUCUUCCAUAUCAGUAGGUGGCAGCCGGUAGCUAAUUGCUUUGUAGAUGUCGGAAACAGCGGGAGGCAGCGUGCAGGUAAAAAGGUGUCAAUUGCUUAAACCAAACAUAAACAAAGGGCGGGUGCCCCAAAGUAAACAAAAACAGAAUGCUGGACGACAGCAAAGACUUACUGUGGAGCAAAGAUGGCGUCCACAAUGUACAUCCGAACAUGACAUGACAAUCAACAAUGUCCACACUAAGGAUAAAAACAACUGAAAUAUUCUUGAUUGCUAAAGCAAAGUAGAUGCGGGAAAUAUCACUCAAAGGAAGACAUGAAACUGCAACAGGAAAAUACCAAAAAAAGAGAAAAAGCCACUAAAAUAGGAGUGCAAGACAAAAACUAAACCACUACACACAGGAAAACAGCAAAAAAAGUCCAAAUAAGUCACGGUGUGAUGUGACAAGUGGUGACAGUACACCUACUUUGAGACAAGAGCUAUAGUGAUGCAGUCAUAGCCAACAAUUGCGACAACGACUUUUUACUGUCAACCGAGUUUCGUUUUUUAAUGAUUUCUGCUGGCGGUGUGCCUCCGGAUUUUUCCAACGCAAAAAAUGUGCCUUGGCUCAAAAAAGGUUGAAAAACACUGCUAUAAGCACACUUUCUCACCUACAAGAUACUUCAUUUGGAACAAAAGAGGCAUAUGUGUCAAAAAUAAAUCACUUUUCCUCAGUCAGCGUUUCAAUAAUUACCAGGAACAAUUUACCUGUGACUCCCAAACAAUUUGCCAUUGUCUUUGAUGCCAUUCCAACAGGUGUCAUGUUGUACUUCUUGUCCUCUUUCUGCUGUAACAAUUGUGAACGAUCCACUUGACACCCCUCCUUUUGAUCAGAAAAAUAACAGAAUAAUCUGCAGCUUAUUCCAAAAUGAUUGUGUUACUGUCUCCUAUGUAAUUGUGCUCUGGAAUAAUGUUGUGAAGGGUCAAUACGUGGUCUCUUCCGAACAGGUAUUUACUUACCAACAAAGUCAGAGAUCUCUUUCGAAAUCAUUCAUGACUGCGAUGGUUAGAUCCAAGAAGGACAUUGAUGUAACAUGCACCCAGACACUGUUUACCACCAGUUUUGGACUUGUGAAAGCACUCGAUCACUAUGGCAGGUAAUCCUGGACAAUAGUCAUGACAAAUGUGUGCUUUGUCUUAAAGAUGCGCUAUUUGGAUUUACACUGCAUGAGAACAAAUUUGAAAAUUAAUUUCACCUUUGCAACCUCAUUGGCUAAGUUUUAUAUUCAUAAAUGUAAGGUUCUGAAUACUCAACCUGUUUUUGUGCCUUUAAAAAAAAGUUUUAACUUAAAAAAAAACAAAACAUUAUCUACCUCUAACAACCAAAAAGCUGUGAAAACUAUGAUGCUGUGCUCCAAAUGUAAACUAUUUACAGAACUUGUGUGAGCCUAUAACUAUACACAUUACUACAUAUGUAUAUUUUACAUUCUACUAUAAUUCUUUUAAUGAACUAACAACCCCCUGGCGCUGUAUUGUACUGUUUUUGUACUUGUUUUAAUUGUACCUGUUCAUGUUUGUUUGUAAAUGUUGAACUGUAUAAAUAAAGUGUAUAUAUAUAUAUACCCUGUUCAAGUCACUUCCUGGUUCCAAAACGCAAUCACAGCCUUGUCUUUUAGUCACUUCCUCAUUCUAAACGCAAUCACAGCCCCGUGUUUGAGUCAACUUCAGAUUCUAAACUCAAUCACAGCUAGGGUGACCAGGUGUCCGGAUUUAGGCCGGACAGUCCGGAUUUUUAAUGCCCUGUCCGGCGUCCGGCGCAGCUUCAAGCCGGACACGUAUUUGUCCUCCUUUUUGAGGCACUAGGCUUGAAGAGCGGAGUUUUUUCAUCUUUGCUGGGCUGCAGCGCGAUAGCCAAUCAAAGACCGUAAAAAAUGCCCCCAACGCAGUAACGUAUCAAAUGAUUGGCUAAGAGUUGUGUCGGAUACAAAUCUGCUUAUCAUUGGUUAAAAAAGUAAACAAGCAUUUGCAUAUGUUCUGGACGUGCCCAAAACUCUCAAGUUUUUGGUCGGCUAUUUUUGACACUGUUGGGCAGGCCCUCGAUAGGACAAUAACACCCAGCCCGCUGACUGCCCUUUUUGGCGUUCCCCAGGUGGACGGUUUACCUUCAACCGCUCGUCAUGUCAUUGCGUUAACGACUCUGCUGGCUAGGCGUACAAUUCUUUUUAAAUGGAAGCUUGCGUCUCCGCCGAGCCAUAACAGUUGGAUACAAGAUGUCUUGCGGUGUCUCCAGUUAGAGAAGCUUCGGUUCUCCCAGAAAGGAUCUGUGUCAUCUUUCCAUAAAACUUGGGGCCCCCUCCUAGACCUUAUUAGGGACAAGCUUGACAUCACCCCAAGCGAUUCGAGUAACACAACUUAGACAGAGCUGACCGCUGAAGGCCCCCCCCCCCCCCCCCCGACCCUCAUUCCUUGUGUUUAUUUACUUUUAUGUUAUAUUUUUAUUUAUUUAUUUAUUUAUUUUUUGCACAUCUUAUGUAGUAUUUAUUUAUUUAUUUACCUUAUUUAUCUUUUGUUUAUCUUUAAUAUAUUUUUUUAGAUUGAAUCUAAGUUUGCAUAUAUUCAUGUGUGUCUAUAUUUGUUGUGGGCACUAGGUGACAAUUACCUUGGGAAUUAAAGUGGGUGGGUAUUGUAAGGGGUGGGGCUUACUAUGUUACAUAUUGUAAAAUGUGCAGAUACCUCAACUUGCUGUUGCCAUGAUCCAUCAUACUGUACUGUCUGCAAAAUUCAAUAAAAAUAAUUGAAAAAAAAAAAAAAAAAAGGAAACAAGGGUCCAUGUGCUGCUGCGGCAUAA